GCGAUGGCCGCUCUCUGCUCUGUGCUUCGCUGCAUGUAAUUUUUUCUGCCGUUACAGGUUACAGUCAUAAUAAUGUUCGGCCUACCUGACAUGGCGGUGAAGAACAGUGAAGGAAUUGACUCGUAAACGAGAUUGAGAGGCGAUUAGAUUACGCUGAGAAAUUUCAUCGAGCGAACGACGAUCUGGCAAUUAGAAAGCAUCGGUGGAGACUCUUCGCCCGCUAAUUACAGCCAUAUCAUGCAGAACUUUGAUGAUCUCGAUAUAGAGGGACGUAAUCCUUCUCACUUAUCAGAAGAGGAUAAGGAAAAGGAAGAAUAUGAUCGCAAGCGUAUAAUGCGAUGCAGCGUUACCGCCGAAGAUGGUGCACUGAGACCAGUCUACUCCGAGACCGAAGACGGUGAUAUAUGGUGUCAUAUCUGUAAUGUUGCCCUAUUUGGAGCACAUAAGUUGAUAAGUCAUAAUCUGUGUAAUCGUCACAAGAUGAAACUGGACGAGUGGCCAUAUCCAGUUAUGCUAUGGUCCAAGCGACCACAAGACGUAUCCAAGACGGUCGCCCCGGUGCAGUCUACGACUAUCGGCGACACUCUGGCACCUGGCGAACCAGUGCCACCUGGCAUGGAGGAUCAAAUUACGCGGAUCACAUCGAUACAGAUGAGUUUGGACCGGCAUCAGAGCUCGCCGCUCGUCGGUCUCGAGUAUUUGCUGGAAUUAGUGGACAAUGAUUCGUGCGAACCGAGUUAUACAUGUGUUUUGUGCGAUAAACGCGGUGAUCCACGUACAGUAAUGGCCCACAUUACCAGUUACAAUCACCGAAUCACAUACCUCAAUAGACACUUCCCGACUAUAUCGCGAGCGAUUACAGAGUUACCGCGUACGCCUAAUUAUAAGCGCGGAGCCAAUGAAAUAUCGGUGUUAGUGGCCAAGAAGAUCGAAGAGAAGUUUGGAAGAAUGAAGCCGCAAUUAGUCGACAAGAUUCAGUUCGAAAAAAAUAAGAUGGUAUAUAUCAAGAGGGUUUAUCAGGAUGUUCAUUUUAGGGAAACGCCAGAGUGUACGUUUAUGGAAGUUUAUGAUGUGCGAUGGGUGACAAAUUUUGAUGAAAAAAUGGCAGAAAUAAAUGGUAAUGUUAGAAAAAAAGAUUCCAAUAUUGUUGAUGAGAAGAUUGAUGAUAAAUUUAAAAAGGAUGACAAGAAAAAGGAAAAGUCGCCUUUAAAAAAAUUAGAUACAAAAGGAGAAACUUCAAAAUCGGGUUUCAAAAUGCGUAUAUUUAACAAAGACAAAAUGAGUCUUCGUAAAACUUCACCGAAACCUGAAGAGGUUGUAAAAAAAUCGCCUAAACGUCCUUCAGACGAUACUAAAUCGCUGUCGUCACUUUCGAGUAUAUCUAGCAGUCCGUCUCCGUCUCGUUCAAGAUCUCGUUCACCGAGUCGAGGUAGAAAAAGAAGCUCCAUCGAAAGAAGCGCCGGCAGGUAUCGUAGCGGCUCACGAUACUCGCGCGAACGUACUCGCGGUCGAUCACGAUCGCGAUCACGAUCGCGCUCGUUGCAACCUCUCAGGGAACGCGAUAAGUGGGACAAAUACCGCGAGCAAAUUAGACGCGCCGAGGAAACGCUGGAUCGUGCUCUAAAAUUCCACGAGAAAAACCCCGAGAAACAUCCGUCUUAUCCGGACGAGUGGAAGAAAUUUUGGAACAGACGAUACAAGGAGCUCCAAGCUGAGGGUAAUGAUCCGAGCAAGCAUGACUUCAAGCCAGAAUGGAUCGAGUUUUGGAAUAAGAGGAUGCGCGAGAUUCAUAACGAGCAACUUCAACAACGGAAAGAGGAGAUUAGAAAAAGAUUGGAAUUGCCCGAGGAUAAACCGCCGGAGAAAUGGAUACCGCCGAGGCGAGAGCGAGAGCGAGAGCGUUCCCCCGCAAAGCGCAGCAGACAUCGUAUAGAGAGUGACGACGAAGUGGAAUAUGUUGGAACGAAAAUGAUCAAGCCAGAUUAUUACGAUCGCCACGAGCUCAGGGAGCGAGAAUACAUGUAUUCUACAUACGCGCGCGGAAGGGGAAGCGUGUACAGCCAUAGUUAUCCACGAACGGCAUCCCGUUCCAGGCCAAUAUAUUACGCGACGCCGUAUCCCGUUAAGGAAAAAUCGCCCACUCCGCCUGUUGCAGACGAAAGCUUGACAGAGGAUUUUGAAGUAGUUAGUCUUUUACGAUUGCUUACAGCGCUCGAGGGACAGCUUGGUUCUCUCGGUCCUAAGAUAGUAUCGCUUCUGUCGAAAGCCUUAGCAGCCGAGAAGGCCAAGCCGAAUUCCGCCGAGGAAUUAUUGUACGAUGAGGAAGUAAGCGUUCUGUUUGAAACCGUUAAAGAAAAGCUCAAGGGCCAAUUGUUUGCGGGCAUGGUAGAAAAGAUGGCGAUUACGGCCACUAAAACUGCUAUACAGAACAUCGCCAAGUUACUGCACAGAGCCUCCGAGGGUAAGAAAAAACUUGAAGAGGAAAAGAAGAAAAAUAAGGAACGAGAGCUUCUGGAAGCAUCUAAACCUGCAUCAAGUUACGUCAAUAGGACCCCAUACACAAGAUCGGUAGAUAUUCUUACACCGUCCAUUAAAUCCGAACCGGUGAGCGUACCGGGUAUCGGUACGAUCGACAAAGUUGCUAUCGCUCGGCAAAUCGCCGCGGCUCUCGUCGCGCAAGGUAGAACAAAUGUUUCUCAGGAAGAAUUGGAGACUCUCAUUAAUGCCGUAGUCGGCAUGGCUGAGGCAUCGAAGCAUUCCGAUAAACCCGUGACCACUGCUGACUUUGUUAGAGGUCUGACCGGUAAUUCCGGCAAUGUCGGAGCUGCCUCUCAAGUAGCGGAACCCGCAAAAACGGUCACGAUUGUAUCAAACGAUUCCACGGAACGGCAAGCCUCGAAAAUGGAGGAUCUGUCGGACAUGGAUCUGAAAGUAAAGUUGCAAAACUUUAAAGAUCUAAAUACGCAGGAGCAACACGGUCUUAUCAAUUUUCUGAAGAAGCUCGAAGCGAGCGAUCCGAUUAGAGUGGAGAAAUUACGGAAUUUUGUCAAUCUUGGCGUAAUAUCGGGUAAUACAAAAUCACCAACUCCGGAGAUCGAAGCCACGAUUGGCAGAAACAGGAAGAGCAUCUCUCCGUUUUCCACUCGAAAGGGGAAUCAAAAUCCAACUGAUGACGACGACAAAUGGAAACCUAAGGUGGACAUGUUCGCGAACGACGAGGACGAGGAGCAGCAAACGAAAAAGGAUAACGAUCAAGACAAAAUGAAGACGAAGAUAGAUCUGUCUGAUGACGAUGACGAUUAUACGUACGAAGAUAUCUACAAAGCGGCGAAUAAAAAUGUGAGCGAAAAUGAGAAAGCCAAGAAAUCCCGCGCUUUUUCCAAAUCGCCGAAAUCGUGGUCGCGUUCGAGAUCGAGAUCGAGAUCCAGAUCGCGAUCACCGGUGCCGAGGCAGAAGGAAACCACGAAAACGAGCGAUCCGAACGCGAUACUGAACGAGACGAAACGGCUGAUCGCGAAUAUUAUGUGCGAUCUGCCCAACAAAUACGUUCCCAAGUCGCAUACGAGUUUGACUAGUGAUACAAUCGAACCGAUAGCGAAUCCCGUCGAACAGAUACCAUCAACCGGAAGCUUCUACAAUCAAAGUUUUCUUCCAAAUAAUCAGCCGCGGCCGCAGGGACAGCCGUUGACGGCCUAUCCCAAUGUGUCUAAUCAGCAGUUCGCGAACUAUCAGCAGCCGCAACAGAUAUUUCCCAAUAAUUCAGGUUACGUAGACGACGGUUAUAAUUAUCAGGGUUAUGGUAAUAUGGGUAAUCAAGGCCAAUACGGUGGACCAUCGAUAUCGUCGAAUCAGUACCCUCAACAACCUUACGGCUCUUACGUCGCGCCGCCACAAGCCGCGCAUCCAUCUAACUACGUUCAGCAAUCGCAGUCGCAGCAAUACGAUGCUUAUAUGCAGCAACCGCGAUUUUAUUGAAUCAAUAUCAACUCGUUAAUGAUGCGCAGCUUUUACCGAAUAUUCGCGUUAUAACGCAUCGCGAACAUUAUGGCGAACUUCAACGACGUUUCAGAUCUCGUUCUCUCUCUUUCUUUCUCUUUUUAUACAUGUAGUUGUACGAUUGUCUGUGCAAGUUUACUCGCGAAUGUAUCUUUAACAAAAUGAAUUAGAUCCUAUUUCGAGAUUAAGCAGCGAUAAUACUUUUCUUUUUUUUCCGCGCGAGCGAUUCAUAUAAUACAAUUUAUAUGAAAUUAUACUACGAAAACAUUUUUUAUGUGUAUCCAAGCGUUUUUUGUCUGCGCGUAAUCUCUUUCUCCGCACUUUAUUUUGAUAAAAUCCAUAUAUUACGAGAUGCGCAUAAAAUUGUUAUAUAUUGUACUAUUUGCAAACGGGAUAGAGUCUCGUUUCAAUGUACGACGAGUAUAUGGGAAAGUGCGCAUUAAAUAUAGUCGUUAAAUAUGUAAUGUUACGAGAUCUUUUUGUACGUUCAUACAUCGAGUAAAGUUUGUCUCUAAACGCGAAUCUUCAUGCAUCCUUCAUAUAUGUGUGUCACGCGGGUGUGUGCACAGUGAUAUGUCUCCAUGUUACGUUGCCUGCGAGUGAGUUGUACUAUAUGCACGAAGUGAACAUGUGUCAUUGUUAUGUACACGCGAUUUCGACCAGAAACAAAAGUAAGUAAAGUAAAUAAACAAUCUAUCCUUGUGUUACACAUUGUAUGUCACGUUUAGUUUUUAUCGAUAUAAAAAAAUUGGUCUUUUAUUCAUUUGUAAUAUACUUGAUAAAACGAAUAAUUAUUGCUCCGCGCUUUUAUGUGUAUUGUGUAGAAACCGCAACGGCAAAACUUGAUUCGCAAUAAUUGUGUAAAAGACGUUUUAGGUCUUUAAAAAAAAAAAAAAAGGGAAGAAAAUAUGUCGCAGAUGAUAUUCAAAAUGUUUGACGUUUACGGAAUAAAAUGUAAUUCUUUAAUAAAUAUAACACAAGAGUA